AUGUCGCCAAUGAUCUCCUCUCGGUUUUCUUCCUUUUCCCUCCUCUCCUCCUCUUCUUCUUCACUCUCAUCCUCUGUUUAUUCUCGUUCAACUUCUCUUUUCCUCUCAUCAGCCAAACGCUCUACCCUCCUCUCCCACCCACGCUUCGCAUCAUCCAAGUCAUCCCCUCCACCACCACAGCUCUCCCGGUCCGACUGGCGCAAGAUGGCUGAACAGGACAUCACCAAGUACCUCCAGCAGAGCCACGACCGGCUGUUCGACAACAACCGGUCCUGGGCAGAGGCCAAGGCCAAGAACAACCCCGACUUCUUCAAGAACCUCUCGGCCGGCCAGGCCCCCGAGUACCUCUGGAUCGGAUGCGCCGACUCUCGCAUCCCCGCCGAGCAGAUCUGCGGCCUCGAGCCCGGCGAGGCAUUUAUCCACCGCAACAUCGCCAACCUCGUCUGCAACACUGACCUCAACGCCAUGGGUGUCAUCAACUACGCCGUCAAGCACCUCGGCGUCAAGCACAUCAUUGUCUGCGGCCACUACGGCUGCGGCGGUGUCAAGGCCGCCAUGACUCCCAAGGACCUCGGUCUUCUGAACCCCUGGCUGCGAAACAUCCGCGACGUCUACCGUCUGCACGAGAAGGAGCUCGACGCCAUCGAGGAUGAGGCGGCCCGCUACGAUCGCCUGGUCGAGCUCAACGUGAUUGAGCAGUGCCGCAACGUCAUCAAGUCAGCCGACGUCCAGCAGUCGUACGCCCAGAACAAGUACCCUAUCGUCCACGGCUGGGUCUUUGGCUUCAAGGAUGGUCUGCUCAAGGAUCUUAAGAUUGACUUUGAGGCGGUGCUGCAUGAUAUCCAGAAGAUUUACAACCUCGUCGAUAACAAGUAA